CUGGUAACGGCCUGGCUCCUCCCUCUGGUGUUACCCGAAAAGCGCUCCGUCCGGUCCGUGCGCGAUCACGGCCCGGCGCGCGCCUUGGGCUCGGGUGGAGCUGAAGACGCGUGGAGCUGCUCGACUCGCGGGUGUGCAGGGCACCUAUGAUAUGUGUUUUAGAAAUAGCUGUUAAACUUUGGUUUGAAUGAAGAAUGUCUCUCAAUCCACCUAUAUUUCUCAAACGAAGUGAAGAAAAUAAUUCAAAAUUUGUGGAAACAAAACAGUCACAAACUACUUCCAUAGCUUCAGAAGAUCCCCUUAAAAACUUACGUUUAGCAUCUCAAGAAGUUCUUCAAAAAGCUCAGCAAAGUGGGAGAUCAAAAUGUCUCAAAUGUGGUGGUUCCAGAAUGUUCUACUGCUAUACAUGUUAUGUCCCAGUUGAAAAUGUACCUAUUGAACAGAUUCCAGUUGUGAAGCUUCCAUUGAAGAUUGACAUCAUUAAACAUCCAAAUGAAACAGAUGGCAAAAGUACUGCUAUACAUGCAAAACUCUUAGCACCUGAAUUUGUAAACAUUUACACAUAUCCUUGUAUUCCAGAAUAUGAAGAAAAGGACCAUGAAGUUGCUCUUGUUUUUCCUGGACCUCAGUCUAUCUCAAUAAAAGAUAUUUCUUUUCAUCUGCAAAAAAGGAUUCAAAAUAAUGUUAGAGGCAAAAAUGAUGACCCUGACAAGCCAUCUUUUAAACGCAAAAGAGCUGAAGAACAUGAGUUCUGUGAUUUGAAUGACAGCAAGUGCAAAGGCACAACACUGAAAAAAAUUAUAUUUAUAGACAGCACCUGGAACCAAACAAACAAAAUAAUCACUGAUGAGCGACUUCAAGGGUUAUUACAAGUUGAGUUGAAAACAAGAAAAACUUGCUUUUGGCGCCAUCAAAAAGGAAAGCCAGAUACUUUCCUUUCUACAAUUGAAGCCAUUUACUACUUUCUGGUAGACUACCAUACUGAUAUAUUAAAAGAGAAAUACAGAGGGCAAUAUGACAAUCUUUUAUUUUUCUAUUCUUUUAUGUACCAGUUGAUAAAGAAUGCCAAAUGCUCUGGAGAUAAGGAGACAGGAAAACUUAUACAUUAGUUUUUAACAAGCCACUUAUGUCCUUUUAUUUUGCUAACAUCAAUAAACUUAUAUUUCUGCUUUGUCUUUUCUUAAGAAAUUAUUAUAUAUAAUGCCUGUAAGACCAUUUGAAAAAAUUUGAGACUCUCAUAUAUUACUUUAUAUUUCUUAAAAGGAAGGAAAUUGUAUCUAGGGACAUUUUUCAGAGGUACUGUUGAUUGAAAAAGUUAUUUCAGAAGUUAUUUGCUCAGUGAAACCUCAGUUUCAUUACUAUAUUUUAAUGUAGCAUGUUUUGUCUCUGUUAGAUAUAACAUAUUCAAUUAGAUCUAAUUAGCUCUUUAUUUCAACAUCUUUAUGUCUUUUCACCUGUACUCAUGACCACCUUUAGAGGUAAAUGGGGUUACAGUCUACUGGCUGAAAAAUAGGUCAUAAGUGAUUUUUCUUGAGGUUAGUAGCAAACAUAGGCAGAACUAGAAUUAGAGUUCCAAUAUCUAGGGCUGUUUCUUUUAAGUCCUAAGGUUGUUAAAAGCAGAGACUCUGGAGCUAGAUUACCUGAAUUUAAAUCUCAGCCUUUCUACUUAUCAGCCAUGUCAGUUUCUUCCAUUUGUACAAAGCAGGCAAUACUGAGCAGCUGCCUUAUAGGAUUAACUGGGAAUUAACUGAGUUAAUAUCGAAGGGGCUUUCAGCAGUACCUGAAAUAUAAUAAGUGUUAUAUAUAUGUUUGCUCUUUCUAUUUUAUUUGGAAUUGUGAACUAAUAAUUGAAGCCUGGCUGCUAGAGGCCAUCUCUGCUGCCAGGUGAAAAGAGCCUGCCUUAGAAUGAAGUAGCAAUGGAAAGCAGAGUGGAGAAAGAAAAAGAGAGACUGAGUCCUGUUGACAUCAUUUACUCACUUAGACCUAGCUGCUUGUGAAUAGAGCCCUACUGUGCUGAGUAGCUUCUGUCUUCUCUUUUCUGUUCUGCUCUCUGCUCUGUGAGGUAGGUUCCCUUACUCUCUUGCUUUUGGUUGGGUUCAACAAAAUGGGAAGUAUCAGUGGGAGAUUAGAUGUAGAGGAAAAUGAAAUGAUGUACUUUAUUUCCCUGGCUCCUUUCCUGCCCUUUCAUAAUCAGUUGGCUUAUCAGGAAUCCUAUCCCUUCUGUUCCCAAGCAGUUAUCCCAGUUACCUCACUAGGUUUAGUUCCUGCUCCCUCACUUUACCCCUUUUCACUUAGGGCUGGUAAUAGCUUACAGUUGUUAAUAGCCCCAGGGUACUUCCCAACCACUUGUUGCUUUCCCUAAACUCUGCUCGGACAUUUGUAAAUACUGCACUUGUUUUAUGAUACUCUUCGCAAAUGUUCCCAUUUGAAGUUGCCUUCUAUUUCAUUUUGGUACUCUGAUAAAUUCACCUGUUUGGCUGAAAUAAUAGCACAUUUCCUGAAGUAUAUAUAGUGGGACACAUCAUGCUUUAUUGGGGAAAAUAGUUCUUAGUGAAAUUAGUUUGCUGUACAUUAGUUUGUUUCCCUCCUAUGGAUUCAGAAGGCAAACCAUAUUAAAGGUUCUGGAAAGUC